AUGGGUAAGCCUCCAGCCAAGCGUAUGGAGAUGACGACGCCCCAAAGCCCAAUCGUCAGAUUAUUCCACCCCAGCCAGUACUUGCCUGUGCGAAAGCGACUCAUGAAGCACCUGAACACUCUCGAGGUCCUGCGUCUAUGCCAAACGAGCAAGGAGCUGCGAUCUCACCUCCAACUCGUCGAGUGGGACAUCAACAAAAAACUCAAGCCCUUUUUUGACGAUCCCAUCUCUUUCCGCAGCUGCCUUGGCCGUUGCGAUGCCUUGAUCUUCGGGGAUUUCGCGCUACAGUUCCUGGAGCGUGCCUACUGGGCAGAUUUCGACCUGGAAAGUAUUGUCCAGAACGGCAGCAAGCUUGAGGAGCUCGCCAAACAUGUCACGGAAGUCCAAGGAUUUACUUGGGAUGAGACUUACACGUUGGACGAUGAGAAGAACAUGUCGGACGAUGAGACGGCGAUGUCAAACAAUGGGUUCGAAGAGGUAGGCGUCAACCAGCAAUCACACUAA